AAGACCUAUUUCAUUGCAAAUUACACGCACGCUAAAGAUAAGAAGUCUGAUGCUGUAGAUCGAGCCGCCCUUGACAUCUUGGAUUCUGUUCUGUUGUCUGCCGAAAGGUUUAUCAGAAUCCGUAAACAGCGAGAGAAAAAUAAGAUGGAGAGAGAUGUGAUGGCAGGAGGACCAUCCCUUAGUGGGGAAACCAUUGAGCAGUUCUUGGCCCGUCUGCAGCAUAAACACCACUGGUCUGACCAGGGUAAGAUGAAAACUUUGAAGGAACACCUGAAGAAAGAAGAGAUCAACACCCUAGCGGUGCUGAAGGAAAUGUGGGAAGAUAUCAAGUCGAGUCUGCCAUUGUCCAUUGGAAUGAAGAUAGUCUUGGAGGAGGAGAUGCAGAGCUUGUGAAAGGCAUUGAUUGGGAUUGAAAGGGAUUGAUUGAUUUAGUUUAGGUCAUUUAAAAAAUGGUCGAAGACUUGCGCAUAAAAAAAUAUGUAACCAGAUUGGGUAGAUUUCUGAUUGCAGUUCUUUCCAAUAUUUUUUUUGGAAAAUCUGCGGGACAAGGGUUUCUUUGCCCACGAAAAAGUCCUAGGUCUUAAGCAAAGUGAGCUGGGGAGAGGUCUGUUAGGGAUUUGGCACUAACUGGUCCUUAGUAUCAGAGAAAGAUUCCCAGCAGGGUCUGACUGAGCUAAAUUGAGCUAUUUUCAUCGAGGUCCAGCUCGCUCCGCGGAAGAAAAAACGUUUGUGCCACAGUCCUAAUGAAAAGGGCCUGCUAUCAGAACAUAGUUUGCUUUUUCCAUGUUUUCUAGGAACUAUAUUUCAUAUAUUAGUGUUGUUUAUGUAUUGUGUUCUUCAAAAGCCAGUCGAUAAGAAAGAUGGCCAGAAAACGAAUGCCGCUAGGUGAAAACGAAGGAAUCUUUGUUUUCAACAUAUCAACUGCGAUAAACUGCAAGGGCCUGUUAUUUAAACAAAGUUUAGCUGUAGUUUAACAAAACUGCGCUCUAAGUCAUCUUGAAUUUAGCCAAACCUUUUAUCUGAACUUUUGUUUUUUUGAGAACAGCGUCAAAGGGGCAGAAAGCUUAUAGUGGAAGCAAUUAAUUCAAUGAAUCAACCCUAUUAAAGAGAAUCUCCGAGGCUCACUGCUGGCGUGAAACCACGGUUUGGGUUAGACCCCGUGGAGAUAACCGGCCCUGACAGCUUUGUUCAGCAGAAAAUAAAAAACAGUUGUACGCUUGAUUAAACGCCAUUAAAAAGAGAUGAACUACC